AUGAAGGCUUCGACACUGUGGGCUUCGGCUCUCUGCCUCUUCGGUGGCCUGUCCGCCGUGGCCGGCAAGAAGAUGACCUCGUUCCCCAAGCCGCCUGGCAUCCAGGCGUACGAUCAUCCGGAUGCGGAUGCCGACAUCAUCGACGGCGUCUUUGACCAGCCGAUCGACCACUAUGACCUGUCCAAGGGCACGUUUUCAAACCGCUUCUGGUUCAGCACCAAGUACUGGAAGGGCCCCGGCUCGCCUGUCUUCCUCUUCAUGCCCGGCGAGUCGGAUGCGAGCCAGUACCUGGGCUACCUGCACAACAGCACCAUCCCAGGCCUGUACGCCGAGUUCUUUGGUGGCCUUGUUGUUAUUAUUGAGCACCGCUACUGGGGCAAGUCCCUUCCUUUCGACACCCUGACGGCCGAGACUCUGCAGUAUCUCGACCUGCCGCAGGCCAUGAUGGACAUGACAUACUUUGCCAAAAAUGUGUCCUUUGAUCUGGGCGGCAACCUCGGCAACAACGACAACUCUGACAACGCCCCUUGGGUCCUGGUCGGCGGUUCGUACCCCGGCGCCCUGACGGCCUGGAUCCAGCAGAAGGCACCGGGCGUCUUCUUCGCGCACCACGCCAGCUCAGCCGUCGUCGAGACGAUUACGGACUUCUACACCUACUUUGCGCCCGUCAAUGAGGCUCUGCCCGCCAACUGCUCUGCCGAUGUCCGCGCCGUCGUGCAGUACGUCGACCACGUCUUGUCCUACGGCUCCGACGCCGACAUCCUCGAGCUCAAGAACUAUUUCGGUCUCGGCAUGCUCGACCACCACGACGACUUCGCCGUCCAGGUCUCGACCCCGAUACGCCAAUGGCAGGAGGACGAGUCGUAUGUGCAGGGGUUUUGCGACUACAUCGAGACCUCUGGCGAGACCCACAUUGUCCUCUCCAACCCAAACGGCGUUGGCCUCGCUACGGCCCUGCCUCUGUACGCGUCCUUUAUCAACCAGACCCGUGGCACUGUGUGCGCCGAAAACGGCGGCACCGCCUGCAACACGUAUGUGAAUGUAGAGGACUUCAACGAGCCGUCUGACUUUAAGGACAACCGCCAGUGGAACUGGCUGCUGUGCCACAACCCCUUUGGCUGGUGGCAGGUCGGCCCGCCGGAGUCGGACGGCACCAACAUCGUCUCGCAGUACGCCGACGUCAACUUCUUUGCCCGCCAGUGCCCGCUCCUCUUCCCCACCACCAACGGCUACUCCUCGGGCUGGGCCGACGGCUACACGCCGGAGCAUCUCGACCUCUACACCGGCGGCUGGGACGCGCCCUUCCAAAAGGUCCUCUUUGUCAACGGCGAGGUCGACCCGUGGCGCUCGGCCACCGUCUCAUCCGACUUCCGCCCCGGCGGCCGUCGUCAGAGCACGUCGGACGCGCCCAUCUGGGUUGUCCCCGCCGGCAACCACUGCCCCGAGAUGCUGCUCGAGUACUACGAGGGUGCGCCGGACCUGUACAAGGAGAUCUUUGCCACCAUGAAAGCCUGGCUGGCCGAGUGGAAGUAG